CAACCAAAUUCAGCAUAUCACCACUGCACGAAAUCGGAGCAUCGGAGAACGAGGAUUCGCCCCGAGAUGAGCCGUGGCGGAAGACAGUGGACGCGCGUGGAUGUGUUGACAUGCUAAAGCUUUUACGAGAUAAUAAAAGUGAAUGAUGACAGAAGCUAACAUGCUGCCUAACAUCUUUUUGUUUUAAACUGAAGAACGAAAGUCAUACGGGUUUGGAACGACAUAAAGUCAGCUAUUUCACUUCAUGCCAUGACAUGUUGAGGAGCAGGAGGGGAGGAGAUGAAGGACCAGAAAAACCGGUAAGCAGCUGGGACCCAGAGAGAGUAUGCGAAAGGAGGAGGAGAUUUCAGCCUGGACAGAAAAACCAUAAGACCUGUGAGGAGGAAGAAAUGAGCAACAAAAAGACAUGAAGAGUAAGGUGAAAAAACAUUUGAGGUGAAAUUCAGAUUGUCAUGGAGAAAACAUAAAGGGAAAAGAAGAUACAGUAUUUGUCAAGGCUUCUAACUAGUAGCAUGACUUUACCUUUGACAUUGCAAAAUACAAACACACCUGCAGUCAACAGUCAUCUAAGGACACUCUCUGACUCUCAAUUUCGUUUCAGGUAACCUUUCAAUACCAAACAUUUGCAUGCAGCACAACACAGCCAUCUGCUUUUUCUGUGCUGACUGCAGUGCAGGCAUUGGAGAUCCCAAGAGUAUCUGCUUCACUUGUUCUAUGUAGGACUAUGGAAGAAGGUGCAUCCUCAUGGUUCGUCCCUGUUCGUCUCCAGAGUGCCAGAUGAGGGGCAUGCUACCCAGCUUGUUACGGGGCCGGCGGUUCUACUGCCGUGAAUGGGCCCUCGAAAAACUACAAAAAUGGCUAGAGGCACGAGACGCCACCAAGGGAGUGGAAGGAACGGUCCGUGCCUCUCCAGGGGUGCUAGUGACAGGGGGCCCAGGCAGUGGUAAGACGGCCCUCUGCACAGAGCUGGUUUGGCCCCAGUCAGAAGCAUGCAGGGUGGCAGACUUGGCAUCACGGUGUCUGGCCUGGCACUUUUGCCAGCGGGAAGAUGCAAGCAGUAUUGAAGUGUGGAGAUUUGUACUGGGGCUAGUUGAACAGCUGAAGGAGAGCCCACUUCUCGGACCAAACUAUGUGAAAAUGAUAAGCAAUCCUGCCAUUGCUGCUGUCCUGGAGCCCCUUCACUGCCAAAGAGCACCUGAUGACACUUUUAAAAGGGCAGUAUUAGAGCCCCUCUUGUCCUUGAAAACACCACUUCACAGUGUGUUUAUAGUGGUGGAUUCACUGGACUUGGGGUGUUGUGGAGGUGAUGGGGAUGGAGAGGGGUUGACAUCAGGCGCUGCGGCCACUCAGAGUUCCUCUAUUGUCGAGCUUCUGCUGAAACACAUACAGCUUCUGCCCCACUGGAUCUUCCUGGUCUGCUCUGCACGCCGUCAGAGCAAAACAAUUUGCAAGAUGUUCUCAGGUUUUCGGAAGUUGUGUCUGGAUGACUUAAGGAAACCUGCGACUGUACGAGAUGUACAGCAAUAUAUCCUAUGGAGACUUGACCAGAAUGGGGCUCUAAGAAGACAGCUUACACCAGAGACUGCUGAAAUGCUUAAUCUUUUGCACAUCAAAAGUGGUGGUUGCUUCUUGUUUCUUGAACGGGUACUAGAUGGUGUUGCUCAAGGUCUAGUAGGACUUAGAGAAAUUCGGGACAUUCCGGGCACACUGAAUGGCCUUUACCUUUGGCUCUGUCAACGACUCUUUCCUCGAAGACUGUUUGGUUAUAUCAGGCCUUUAAUGAAUAUCCUUUUGGCAUCUCCAAAUCUUUUAACAGCUGAUGAGCUCUACACUAUUGCCAAAAGCCGUGAUUUCUACCUUUGGCUCGGAGACUUUAAGUCACAGAUGGCAGCUCUGGCUCCUCUGUUUGUAGAUGGCCCUGGGGGCACUAAACUCCUCUUUCACAGUAGCUUUGCAGAAUGGUUAACUGAUGUUAAAUACUGUACACAGAAGUUUCUGUGUUGUGUGAAGGACGGACACCUUUCUUUGGCCAUGUCCCUCUCUUUUCGAGCCAGUAGUUUAGGUACAGAGGAGACUUGCCAGCUGGCUCACCACCUCGUCAACAGCGGAGUCCAUAUAGGGGAACCAGCACUUCUGGCAUUGUGGUUGCUAUGGACUGGGGUUCCAAAUCUAAGUAGUGCCACAAAUUACUGUUCUGCUAAUGUGCCACCACCACCUCAUACUUCUCAAACACCUGUAUUGGUUCAGCAAGAUGUACUACAACUCUUAAUGAAAAGUGGAAUUUACUCUGCAACCUGUUCUCCAAACAAGAGCUCUAGUGUGGAUGUUCACUGUGUCGGGGGAGGAGGCAGGAUUGUUCGGCAGGUAUUGCAAAGGGAGGACUCUGUGAAAGCACUUCUUGACAGUGGUGUUAGUGUGAACCGUACAGAUCCAUCAGAUGGACGGACUUUAUUAGCAGCUGCAGCUCAUGCUGGACUUGCAGAUGUAGCUGCAUUACUGUUAGGCCGUGGGGCAGACCCUUUGCUGAAAGACACCCAGGGACAGACAGCUCUAACACUGGCUGCCAGACAAGGUCAUGUGGAUGUACUACAGGUGUUGCUGGAGUGGGUCCAGGAGCAAGGGAGCAAAAGUCCUGUUGCACUAGCCCUGCUGGAGCAUUCAGACAAUGAAGGAUGGACUGCGUUGCGCUCUGCUUCAUGGGGUGGACACAAGGAAGCUGUAAGGCUGCUUCUGGAAGCAGGGGCAGAGGUAGAUGGCUGUGAUUCAGAUUGCCGGACAGCCUUGCGAGCAGCGGCUUGGGGUGGGCAUGAGGAAAUCCUAUUAACCCUUCUUCAUCAUGGAGCUGAGGUAGACCGUUCAGACCGCGAAGGCCGUACUCCACUAAUAGCUGCAGCCUACAUGGGUCACAAAGAGGCAGUGGAGAUCCUGCUGGAUGCUGGUGCUGAUGUUAAUCUUGCAGAUGGGGAUGGCAGGACUGCACUUUCUGUUGCUGCCUUAUGUGUGCCAUCAGCAACUGGAGGACAAGGGCAUGGAGAGGUUGUUAGCCUUCUGCUGGAGAGAGAUGCUAAUCCAGAACAUAAGGACAGAGAUGGAAUGACCCCUUUACUACUGGCUGCGUACGAAGGGCAUGAGGAAGUGGUGGAACUUCUCUUGGAAGCUGGUGCUGAUGUGGAUGAAAGCUCUGGAGCUCAUCCCUCUGCUAUCACCCCUCUUCUUGCAGCUGCAGCUAUGGGGCAUGCUUGCACAGUCAACCGUUUGCUGUUCUGGGGGGCAGCAGUGGAUGGCAUUGAUGGAGAAGGCCGCACUGCUCUCUGCUUGGCUGCCGCAAGGGGUAGUGCUGAAGUUGUAAGAGCACUGCUGGACCGGGGUUUGGAUGAGAAUCACAAAGAUGACCUGGGCUGGACACCAUUACAUGCUGCAGCUUGUGAGGGCCACAAAAGUGUGUGUGCAAUAUUGACAGAGCAAAGUAGCAUGGCACGUGUAGGUGAGCUUGAUGUAGAAGGUCGGAGCCCUCUAAUUCUGGCAGCACAAGAAGGGCAUUGCAGCACAGUCAGGCUCCUUCUGGACCGCAAGUCGCACAUCGAUCAUCGUGCAUAUGAUGGGCACUCUGCGAUCAGUGCAGCUGCUUUGCAGGGGCAUAGGGAGAUUGUAGAGCUACUGAUGCGUAGAGGGGCUAACACUGAUAUCCGAGAUGCUGAAGGAAGACCUCUUCUUUAUUUGCUAGUUCUGGAGGGCCAUUUAGAUAUGGCAACCCUGCUCGUAGAAAAAGGUGGUGUGCCUUUGGGGUCGAGAGAUGUAGAAGGACGAACUGCCCUCCAUGUAGCAGCUUGGCAAGGAGACCUGGAUGGUAUUGAGCUGUUGCUGAAAUAUGGAGCUGAUGCAAAUGCACAAGAUCUUGAUGGUCGUACACCUUUGCACUCUGUGGCAUGGAGGGGUCAUGCUGCUGCUGGCAGGCUGCUCCUUAGGGCUAAGGGUCUCGAUGUCAACCUGGCUUGCAAACAACAGGGUGCCACAGCACUUAGCAUUGCUGCUCAGGAGGGGCAUGCUGAAAUUGUAGCCAUGCUUUUAGAGAGAGGUGCAGAACCAGACCAUGUGGACUGUUAUGGUCGCAGCCCAGUAAAAGUAGCAGGAAAACAAGGUCAUUUUACUAUUGUGCAACUUCUGGAGAGCUAUGGAGCAAAGCCCUUUACAGGCCUCAUACCAUUCUCACCCAGUGGUGCUCCCAACACUUUUUACCCUUCAUCAACAGUAAAAACCCAGGUGUCACUCAGUUCAAGAGAGAUGGGUGUCGAUGGAGUUCCACCCACUUCUUCGUCCUCGACCUCUGUUUCUGCCUCCUGUUCCCCUGCUUCCACAGCAGAGCGUUUCCACUCCAUGCCUGCCUCACAGACCUCGUCCUCCACCUGUCACUCCCUUGCCACAGCACAGACUGUACCUGCUGACAGCCUAAAUUUCAUCCAGCAGAUACAGCAACAUUCACUUCCUCGUUCCCGUAGUCGGCCUUCCACCUUGCCUCACCCUGGCUCCAAUCCUGCCAGUCUUCAGGGCAGAGGUUCAAGGCACAAGCAAAAGGCUGCACCCAAGGGCAGUCCCACACUCAAACAGUGCAUCUUUAAUGAACUGCUGGUCACGGACAAACCCUUAAAAGGACUUGGAUCAUCAGGGGAUGGUGACUACCUCUUAGAACCUAAAACUCAUUACAUCAUAGAGAAUGUGAUGGAAAAGAGCCUCAAACACGCUGGAGGAGUAGACCUAAAAUGGAACUCGGUUAUGGCUUCCUUAGGAGUAAUGCCGAACCAAGAGGGCCCAAUUAGACAGACAAAAAAUAGGGAAAGCCCCCCUUUAGGGUAUCCACCUCUUCAACUUCAAUCCCAUGCACAAAGAGAUAAUUGGGGGAGCAUUCAAAAGAUAUCCACAUCUCCAACCACUGACCUUUCAGCUAUUUCCUCAGAUAGAGCCUUACCUGAUAAAUCUGUGUUUAACAUGACAACUACUGACCCCCAGCUGAAUCUCAAACAGGCAAUUAAGCUGCAGUUUGAAGGGCCAACCAGUGCAGCACUUUACAAGCGAGAAACACCUCUCUGAGGAAAAUCUGGACAUUUAGGACUUCAAGGAGAUGAGGGUUGUAUGGGCAAUCACUGCACUGUGUGUGGGAAUUGUUGAGAGUAGAGUUGGAUGGCAAAUGAGAGUCAUAACACACUGACUUCCACCUCUCUCUAACCCAUUGACCCCAAAGCACAAAAGGAGAGGAGAGACAGAGAGAGCCUGGAGGACUUGAAUUCAAAGGAUCAAGCUGUGUACAUUCCAGAGCUUUCCCUCUUUAUCCCAUCAUAAGAGAGAGCAGCUGUCACUCUCUCAUACUCACACAUACAAUAACAGGAAAAUAUAUUUACUUUCAGGUGGACACUUAUAAAUAUGUCCUCUGUUGUUACUGUGCAUUUGCAAAAGUCACCAUACUUGUACCCCAGGGAUUUUCAAUGAAAGACAUUACUAAAUUGUUAUAGACAGCACAGCUAUUCAUUUUUUCAGUGUCAUACACACAAUGUGGUUCAAAAGUGCCAGGUAAUGGAAAGAAAUUGCACCUUCAUUUUAUAUUGACGAAAAGUAAGAGCUAAUAAGAAUGCGGCCAAACUGUAAACACCUCUAUGGUAAAAUAAGUACAGAAGUACCCAGGAUCAGACUUGCUGGUCAAAAAGGGCUUCUUCAAAAGCACACCCAUGGAUACCACUACAAAGUCGAACUGCCACUGUUGCUUUGUGGCUUUGUAUGCCAGAUGUUUUUUGAUGACUUGAAGUCGUCAGUAAAGUUUGUGUCUUUUAAAGAUGUGCAAAAUUUGAUGGACUAUUUGUUUUUUGGAUCUGCAUAUAUCUUACUACUCUUUUACAUCUGUUCCAUCAUCUGUUGCUGAAUUGUGCUGUUCUGUAUGUUGACAUGGUAAUGGUUUAUUUUUCCAUUGUGGUGCUGCAAAAUUAGGAUAAGACUGAAAAUAAGUGACCAAUCGUGUGUCGCUAUGUCACUAAAGCUGUUUGAUCCAGCAUGGUUCUUCUGAGUACUGUUAGCUAACCGUGUUUAUCAAACUGUACCAAACCGCGUUCUGAUGGAAAUGCUACUGAUGCCUUUACCAUGGUCAGCAUAAUUUGCCCUGAUGAUGGAAAUGCAUCUUAAAUUUACCAGGAGCUUGAGUUUUUCAUUCACACAUUCUGUUUUGUCAACAGUGAAUCAUUUACCUAUCAGCCAGGCAGAUUUAAGAUUUUAAAUUGCCAGUUUGGGACGAUGGGACGAAGAGAGUAAGAAGUUACUGUUUGAGAAGCAAAACACAAAAAGGUAUUGAGAAAGGAAGGUAUGUGUGAAGUAGAGUUGAGUAGAAGGAUUAAAAACCGUGGUCACAAAAACCUUCUAGGAAACGAGAUGGGAGAGAGUGAUGUGAAUUUAACACUUCACCAUAGGUAAUUUAUCAUGUUUAUACUAUUUUGUAUGUUACAUUUUAUUGAGAUGCACUAAUUAAAACAAUGUUUAUGAUUAAACUUUCCUGGUUAAUUAUAUGAAUAUGUGCUUUUUAGUUUGCUUGCAGCAGAUCAUAUAGCAUCACUCAGACAUAUAAGAGCUAGUUUGUAUGUACUAUAAGUUUACUUUACUCACAUUUGUGCUUUAUUAACAUUUCAGGUAUGUGUUUUGCUAUGUUAUUAUUAAAACACAGUUUCAUUAAAAUCAUGGGAACAGCUUAAAGGUAUACUUUAAAUGUCUGUCAAUUAUUCACUUUACAUAUUGUUGGAUACAUGCAUCCAUUUCUUGCAUGAAAACGCAAAAGAAAAUAUUUAGCCACAUUUUUUGUGCAUUGUUCUGCAGUGUAUAGGAAUGAUAA